AACCGAUGACAGCUCACUGUGAAGCAGAAACCAAAAGAAGAUUUGCAUCGGAGUGACAAAUUUCUGCCCCGUUCUCUAGGUGUGGUUGAAAAUUUUGUCGCUUUCGGCUUAAAUUCAGUCCAAAUUAACGCCAGAAACGGUUUUAGCUUACUUCAAGUCCCGAUUCUAGUAUCCGGGACUGUGUAGUGUAAAUUGUUAUUCGAGAUCAUCAAAAAAAAAAUGACUGGAAGAUUACCAGCUUGUGUGAUCGAUGUCGGAACGGGCUACACAAAACUCGGCUUCGCAGCAAACAAGGAGCCUCAGUUUAUUAUCCCAUCGGCGAUUGCAAUCAAGGAAACGGCCAAAGUCGGUGACCAAAGUGCCCGUCGCGUAACAAAAGGGGUAGAAGAUUUGGAUUUCUACAUUGGAGACGAAGCGUUCGACGCUACCGGAUACUCGGUUAAGUAUCCCGUCCGCCAUGGCCUGGUCGAAGAUUGGGACUUGAUGGAACGCUUCCUGGAGCAAUGUAUUUUCAAAUACCUUCGAGCCGAACCGGAAGAUCACCAUUUUCUUUUGACGGAGCCCCCGCUAAAUACACCGGAGAAUCGCGAGUACACUGCGGAGAUCAUGUUUGAAACCUUCAACGUACCGGGUUUGUACAUUGCAGUACAAGCUGUUUUGGCUCUAGCGGCCAGUUGGGCCUCGCGACCCGUAGAAGAACGAACGCUUACCGGAAUUGUGGUCGACAGUGGUGACGGUGUGACUCAUGUUAUUCCGGUCGCUGAAGGGUACGUCAUUGGAUCCUGCAUCAAGCACAUUCCGAUCGCUGGGCGGAAUAUUACUUCGUUCAUCCAAAGUUUACUGCGGGAGCGUGAGGUGGGCAUUCCUCCGGAACAGAGUCUGGAAACUGCGAAAGCUAUCAAGGAGCGGUUCAGUUACAUAUGUCCGGAUAUUGCGAAAGAAUUUGCCAAGUACGACGCCGAACCGGCCAAAUGGAUGCGCCAUUACGAGGGGAUCAAUGCCAUCACCAAACAACCGUUCGGGGUCGAUGUGGGGUACGAGCGUUUCCUGGGACCGGAGAUUUUCUUCCAUCCGGAAUUCUCUAACCCAGACUUCACCACACCUCUGUCGGAGAUCGUCGACACAGUCAUCCAGAACUGUCCGAUUGACGUCCGAAGGCCGCUGUAUAAUAACAUCGUACUCAGCGGGGGUUCGACAAUGUUCAGGGAUUUUGGUCGUCGGCUACAGCGAGAUAUCAAACGCAGUGUGGAUGCUCGUUUGAGAAUUAGUGAAAACUUGAGCGAAGGACGUAUAAAGCCAAAACCAAUAGAUGUUUCGGUGAUCUCGCAUCACAUGCAAAGAUACGCCGUUUGGUUUGGUGGAAGUAUGUUGGCAUCAACGCCCGAGUUCUACCAGGUUUGCCACACGAAAGCUGCCUACGAGGAAUAUGGACCAGGCAUCUGCCGCCACAAUCCAGUAUUCGGCACCAUGACGUAGUUUUAUUAUCUGAUUGUACUAUACUGGCUUCUACUGAUAGCGUUUCAAUUUACACUGAACGAAACAAAAAAACACGUAAUCGAUGAGUGCAGACACACAUACACACAUAAAACACAAAAUUUUGAGUAAUGCAGAAAAGUAGUUGUGCUUUCAAUACGAGAGCAAUGAUUCACAAACAUCAUUCCUUCAAGAAAUUUCCAAAUCAAAUUGUGUGAGCCAAUGAAACUACUUGUUUUAUUAAUUUAUUUUUCAAUUUACACGCGAAUGUUAGAGCAUUUUAACAGUGUCUACAAAUAAACAGGCUUUUAUUUUAUUUUUCGAUUACUUAUUGCAUUUUCCGAACAUUGGUGUGAAGCACCAAAUUAAGCCACACUACGAUUAAAACAAGCCAAAUUGUAAUUGAAAUGCAUUUAAAAACCCUUCAGGCACGACCGAAAAUCAUACAGCGGACUAGGUGCUCGGAGCAGAUGAGCAAAUAUUUUAAGCGAAACAAAAGUAUUUUCCUGCGAGUAAAAACAUUUAAUCUUACGAUUUAAAGAACUUCUAUUCUUUUGUUUUGUUCUAGUUGUUGAUUGGUUGAGUGAUAGAGAAGAAAAAAAUAAAGUUGCCGACUCAACAUGAUUGAACAAUCGCAAUUUGAUGAAUUAUGAAUAUAUAAAUCAAAUGUGUAAACAAAAAAUAGAUAAUAAAGUUCAAAUCAAAAUCAUAA